AGGGGGAGCGGCAGAGCGGACGGAGAGCAGCCCGCGGGGCUGGCGGGAAGGAGCCGGGGAACCGGGAGCGGCAUGGCCCGCGCUCGCUGUCCGCCGUGCCGGCGCUUUGCAGAGCACAGUUGACACAGCUCUUUAAUGGUUUACAAAACUCUGCAAAGAAAAGAUGGCUGGCCAGUUGAAACAUAUUGUAAUAGUGAUCCAACAGCUUAAUCAAUUCAGUCCUGAAAAUGCGUGUGUUCAGGAUUUCUUGGAUAAAUCAGCAAAGGAUUUAAAAAGCUUUAAUGUCGACGAUGAAACCUUUUUGAUGGAGAUUUUGUCUGGUUGUAUAGAAUAUAAACCUUUAUUGGAUGUGGUAGUCAAUGCAUUUUAUAUCCGUGAUGGAAAACAUUGUAUGUUGUCUGAUCGUAAUCUGUAUGUUGUUGUCUGUUAUCUGGCCACUUUUCAGCUGGAGGGGCUUGGGCUUCAGCAGUUCAGCAGAAUGGUCAAGUCACUGAAUGCUGCUAAGAUAUGUAAGUUUCUCAGGUUCUUUUUCAAUCUCAUGAAUCUGAGCACAUGGAUAAAGGACGAGUGGAGCCAGAUAUAUGAUUCUGCUUAUGUAACAACUACUUGGAUGGAACCACUGCUGAGAUGGCAACCCAAAGUGCAACAACUUAUUGAUCAACUUGAUGAAAAACUAGCAAAUGAUAUUUCUUCAUCGUUAAAGACAACUGAGCCAAAGGAUUUUAACUUGACAGUCCCUAAUCCACGACCUGUGCUGAUCCCUGAGCUAAUUACACAAACAAAAUAUACUAAGCAUGUUCCUGAGGCCAUUUAUAAACCUCCUAAACUGGAGCAGUACCUCAAAGAAAUCAAACUGAAGAAUCGCCAGAAAGCAGAGGAGCUGUUGCUUGAAGCAAAUGUUAAUAGCUUCUCUUGUGCGGCCCCGAAGCCUGAAUAUAAAAGCAUAAUUAUAAAUGAGACACCAAAGCUUGCAGAGAGAUUUCGGGCUCAGAAGAUUAAAGGAAAGACAGACAACGCAUCUAUUAAGUUAAAUGCGACAGCAAUCUUAAGAGAAGGUGUCCUGUAUCAACGAAAAGUGGAACAGGAAUUAAACAGACUUGAACAUCUUCUGCGAGGAGCUCGGGAUCCAUCUGAAUUCCUGGACUGGCAAAAGCAAAUGCGUGAGAAUGACCUGCAUCAGCGGCUGGCAGAAGCCGAGUGCAGGAGGCUGCAAGGGAAGCUGAGCUAUGAGGAGGCCAUUCUAGCCCAUCAGAACUGUGCUCAGAAAAACCAGGAAAAGGCUGAACAGGAGAGAUUAGAGGAAGUGAAAAUACAGCAACAAUUAAAAGAAGUGCGCGUUCAGGAAGAACGGGAAAAAAAGAAACUGGUGCAGCAGGUGGCAGAAGGACGCAAAAAUGCAAAGCAAGCCCUGGCAAAGCUCCAAAAAUACAAGCAUCAAAUAGCUCAGGAAGUGUCUGAAGAAAGUCGGGGACUCCUCCUUCAAGUUUUAGAACGAGAAGAGGAGCAAUUCAAAAAAAGAUGCGAAUUGAUUCAAGAAAUAAGAGCUAUGGAGUACCUGCCGUUCCGUAAAAACAAAUUUGUAGAUUUGACACAGACAGCCAACCAUGGCGUUUUUGGUGAAAUGUCAAUAGUGGAACUGCAAGAACGCUUAGCCUUGCUGAAGGAAGCGCAAAAGAAGGCAGAAGAGGAGAAGAGGGAUUCAAUAAUACGUGAAAAAUGUGAUAAGGAACAGCUCCUUUUAGACAAACUGGAGCAGAUCUCCAUGUUCAGAGAAGCAUUUGGAAGGACAGCCGCACUAAAACAGGAGGAAAAGAAAAUCAAGCCUCAGCUGAGUGAGGGCGUUCUGAAAGAUGAACGCGUUUUGGAUCUACAGAAAAAGAUUGCCGAAAAAUCCAAGGAACGUAAAAUGCAGAACCAGAACCUCACGAGUGUUUUCUCAAAGUACAACGAAAGGUCAAAGAAGUUACCAAGAAAAUGUCUGCAAGAAGAUUACUGGAAGGAGUUAGAAGAAAGUCGGCAGCAGCAGUUCAAGACGCUUCAGCAAGAGCUCAUGUCCAGAGAAGUCGCUCAAAACACAAUGGCGCGCGAGGCCAGUAGAGCUGGAACCACCGUUUGUAUAUUGCGUUCCUAAGCAGACAAAACUGUUUCUUGCACAUUUCUGUUGACAUGACAUGGCAAUAAUACAAUAUCAGCCUUUCAACUCCAUUUCUGGAGUUGCCCAUAGAGAUACUGGAAAGUAGUUUUAAAACCGAAUACGCCAUUCUACUAAACUUAUUAGCAGAUGAUCUUGUUUCACGCCAGUUCACGCUUUGUUAUCUGAUCAGAGCCUUAACUUGACAUACAUAGUUGCAUAUAAAAAUGGGGAAUG